AACGCAAGUCGGCAGGGAGGAAAAAUUUUCAUUCUCCCGCGCGCGAAUUCCCCUUCCUGUUCGACCAAAAAAUUUUUUCUCCCGCCUACAAGUUAUUCUUCACGAGCAAGAAAAUCUAGGUUUUUGCUAUUUUAUGGGCGAUUCAGAGCAAGAAAGUUGGGAAGAAAAUCUCGUUGUCACUUCAAGAGUCCCAAAGAGGAGACUGGUUCUGAGCCCUCUUCGAGAGUUUCAGAGUUUGAGAGUUUGAAGGUUCGAGAGUUUGAUAGAGGUCUGCCUUCGAAUUUGAUUUUUUUUCACUUCCAGGUUGCUUCCCUCGUCAGAAUAAAUCUUAUUCUUAUUCUUAUUUCGAUCUCAACUUUUCUCAUCACAAACAUACUCAAAUCUGAGCCUAGAACUUCACUAUCGUGGUUCCAUUCUCAACGGUAUAUGUCAAAGCAAAGGAGCAUGGAAGUUCUUUCUGUGGAAGAUUUUGCAGUUGAACUUGGGCAGCACUUCACAUCAUUUUAUCAGCAGAGUAUUGGAUAUGCUAAUUUAGCAAAGCUUGAUCCUCAGUAUGGGCUCUUUGUAGGAAGUAGGAAAUUUGUACAAUGAAUCCAGAGGAGAGUUGUUUCAUCCUCCAAACCAUCACCAAAACAAGAGCUAGCAACCCAGAAGCCAGAACUCUAGCCAGUACACUGAAAUCAUCAACUGAAUCGAUGGCUUCAUUCAGUUCAAAAGCAUCAAACAUGUUCUCACUCUCCAACCUGCCUUCGGCAUCAACAAUGUUCUCCACCUACGCCUCCUUGGCCACUUCCACCAUGCUCAUUCGAUCCAUGGUCAAUGACUUCAUACCCCACCAACUGCAAUCCUACAUUCUCUCCGCCCUCCGCUCCCUCUUCGCCCCCCGCCAGGCUUCUCAGCUCACACUCAUCGUCGAAGAGUAUUUCAGUGGGAUGAACCGCAACCAGGUCUACGAGGCCGCCGAGAUGUACGUAAGCGCUAUAGUCUCACCCUCAGUCGAGCGUCUGAAGGUGUGCAAAGCUCCGAGAGAAAAGAACUUCACCUUCACAAUAGAUAAAGGCGAAGAGGUGGUUGAUUGCUUCGAGGGAGUUCAGCUCAAAUGGAGGUUUGUCUGCUCUGUUGACGAGAAGAGUAGCAGCACAGAGCAGCGAUACUUUGAGAUUAGCUUCAACAAGAGAGACAAGGAAAAGGUGUUGGGUUCCUACUUGCCACAUGUCUUAAACAAAUCAAAGGAUUUGAGGGAAGAGAACAAGGUGGUAAAUCUCUAUACUCUUGGCUGCUUCUACGACGACAUGGGAGGAGGAGGUGGUGGUGGUGUAUGGGGAUCAAUCAAUCUGGAUCACCCAGCAACCUUCGACACACUGGCCAUGGAUCCUGAGCUCAAGAAGGCUCUGAUAGAUGAUUUGGACAGGUUUGUGAAGAGAAAAGACUUUUACAAGAAAGUGGGCAAAGCUUGGAAACGAGGGUAUCUGUUAUAUGGUCCACCGGGCACCGGAAAAUCCAGCUUGAUUGCUGCCAUGGCCAAUUACCUUAAGUUCGACAUCUAUGAUUUGGAGCUUUCGCAGCUCCGGUAUGAUUCAGAACUCAGGAGACUGUUGGUUGCCACGGCGAAUCGAUCCAUACUUGUGAUUGAAGACAUUGAUUGCAGUGUUCAGUUGCAUGAUCGGCAGUUUGAUGGGACAUACGAGGUUCCAAACGAUCAACUGACUCUGUCAGGGGUGCUGAACUUCAUCGACGGCCUAUGGUCGAGCUGCGGGGAUGAGCGGAUAAUUGUCUUCACAAGCAACCACAAGGAUCGGCUGGACCCUGCACUGUUGCGCCCUGGUCGCAUGGACAUGCACAUCCACAUGUCCUACUGCACCAUGGAAGGGUUCAAGCUUCUAGCCUUCAAUUACCAUGGCGUGAAGGAAGAUCACCCCUUGCUUGGAGAGAUUGAAGGCCUGAUGGAGAACACAGAGGUCACUCCGGCAGAAGUGGCUGAGGAGCUAAUGAAGAGUGAUCAAGCAGACACGGCCCUCAAUGGGGUGAUCGAUUUUCUUAGAAGAAAGAAAAUGGAAGAAGAAAAAAUAAAGGCGGAUGAGAAAGGAAAAGAACCAGCUGACUGUCAAGAACCGAAUAAAGAGCAGAAAAGUGAGAAUGAAGGUGGAAAGAAACAGGAAAAAACAAAUAAAAGAAGGAACACAAAAUCAAGAAAAUCGUAUUCUAGGAACCGCCGCCGGCCGACAAAGGCGAACCCAGAAAUCUUUUCCCAGUGACAAUCCGCUGGCAUCGUUAUCAUUCAAUAACAAUGAAAAAAAAAAGUUCUUAAUUUGAAUUUUUGUGCCAAUCAAUGAGAGACACCACAGCGUUCCCAAUGGUUGUCCAGUGAGGUUGAAAGCUUUUCCAUAAAUUAAUGAUCACUUUUUUCUUUUCCGGUCAAAACACAGUAACGUUUAGUGAAAUUCCUGAUUUGGGCUAAAAGGAAAUUGAAUUUGAUCCAUGCCAUUUAUCAUCAAUUUGGCAGAAUUUUCUCGGAAUCAUCAUUACAGAUCAAUUCGAUUGUGUUUAGUGGCUG